CACAAACUCUCUAAAAACCUAAAAACCUAAGCAGCUCUGAAAAGUUUUCGUCUCUUUCUUCUUAAUAAGCUAAAAAACCUUUGUGAUAACAAUGGCUGGUAAGGGAGAAGGUCCUGCGAUCGGUAUCGAUCUUGGUACUACCUACUCUUGUGUUGGAGUGUGGCAACAUGACCGUGUUGAGAUCAUUGCUAAUGAUCAAGGUAACCGGACCACGCCGUCUUACGUUGCUUUCACCGACACCGAGAGGCUAAUCGGUGAUGCUGCGAAGAACCAGGUCGCCAUGAACCCUGUUAACACUGUCUUCGAUGCAAAGAGGUUGAUUGGUCGUAGAUUCAGUGACGCAUCUGUCCAAAGCGACAGGAAGUUGUGGCCUUUCACUAUCAUCUCUUCCGGAACUGCUGAGAAACCAAUGAUUGUAGUCAACUACAAGGGUGAAGAGAAACAGUUCGCCGCUGAGGAGAUCUCUUCCAUGGUUCUCAUUAAGAUGCGUGAGAUUAGUGAAGCUUACCUUGGCACCACUAUCAAGAACGCUGUGGUAACUGUUCCUGCUUACUUCAAUGACUCUCAGCGUCAAGCUACUAAGGAUGCUGGUGUCAUUGCUGGUUUGAAUGUUCUGCGUAUCAUCAACGAGCCCACUGCUGCUGCCAUCGCCUACGGUCUUGACAAGAAGGCCACCAGUGUUGGAGAGAAGAACGUUCUGAUCUUUGAUCUUGGGGGUGGUACUUUUGAUGUCUCUCUUCUUACAAUUGAAGAAGGUAUCUUUGAGGUCAAGGCCACUGCUGGAGACACUCAUCUUGGUGGUGAAGAUUUCGAUAACAGAAUGGUUAACCACUUUGUUCAAGAGUUUAAGAGGAAGAGCAAGCAGGACAUCACUGGCCUCGCAAGACCCCUUAGGAGGCUGAGAACAGCUUGCGAGAGAGCAAAGAGAACUCUUUCUUCCACGGCGCAAACGACCAUCGAGAUUGACUCUCUCUAUGGAGGAGCUGACCUCUUUGCUCCAAUUACCCGUGCUAGAUUCGAAGAGCUUAACAUGGAUCUUUUCAGGAAGUGUAUGGAGCCUGUUGAGAAGUGUCUCCGUGAUGCUAAGAUGGACAAGAGCUCAGUCCAUGAAGUUGUUCUUGUCGGUGGUUCCACCCGUAUCCCCAAAGUUCAACAGCUUCUCCAAGAUUUCUUCAAUGGUAAAGAGCUCUGCAAGUCUAUCAACCCUGACGAGGCUGUUGCAUACGGUGCAGCCGUCCAGGGAGCUAUUCUCAGCGGUGAAGGAAACGAAAAGGUUCAAGACCUUCUCUUGCUCGAUGUCACUCCUCUCUCCCUCGGUCUUGAAACUGCUGGUGGUGUCAUGACCACUUUGAUCCAGAGAAACACAACCAUCCCGACCAAGAAGGAGCAGGUCUUCUCCACUUACUCAGACAACCAGCCCGGCGUGUUGAUCCAGGUGUUCGAAGGUGAGAGAGCCAGAACCAAGGACAACAACCUUCUCGGUAAAUUCGAGCUCUCUGGAAUCCCUCCGGCUCCACGUGGUGUGCCUCAGAUCACUGUCUGCUUUGACAUUGACGCAAAUGGUAUCCUCAACGUAUCUGCUGAGGACAAGACCACCGGACAGAAGAACAAGAUCACCAUCACCAAUGACAAGGGUCGUCUGUCCAAGGACGAGAUCGAGAAGAUGGUUCAAGAGGCAGAGAAGUACAAGUCUGAGGACGAGGAACACAAGAAGAAGGUCGAGGCCAAGAAUGCUCUUGAGAACUACGCUUACAACAUGAGGAACACCAUCCAAGACGAGAAGAUUGGUGAGAAGCUUCCCGCAGCAGACAAGAAGAAGAUCGAGGACUCCAUUGAGCAGGCUAUUCAGUGGCUCGAGGGUAACCAGUUGGCUGAAACGGACGAGUUUGAAGACAAGAUGAAGGAGUUGGAGGGUGUUUGUAAUCCGAUCAUCGCUAAGAUUUACCAAGGAGGAGCUGGUGGUGAAGCCGGUGGUCCUGGAGCUGCUGGAAUGGACUACGAUGAAGCUCCUCCUGCCUCAGGUGGUGCUGGCCCCAAGAUCGAGGAAGUCGACUAAGUUGUUUCUUAGUCAUUGUUUUGUGUUGGUUUUUUUAUGAUUUAUCUUUUUUAUUUGAGCCAAGUAAGGAACUCUCUGUUUGUUGUUGUCUGGUGACCCUUUCUCUUUAAAACGCUUAGUGAUAUU